UUUCAAAGUGCGCGCGCUUGAAAAGCUACAAGCCGCCAUCUUGAAAGUUCCUUCGCGCGGAUGAUUGAGGGGCUGCGAGCGCGCACAAGCAGUUGAAAUCGAAUUUCACACACGUCGUCGUUGCCGAGUAGCCGCCCGUGAUCCAUGUGCUCUCGAACGACCAGUUUAGCACAACGACACCCCCAAGAGCCUCUCCACCCGGUUUAUCCAACAACCCGGACGUGCCUGCGUAUAGUCGAGGACGAUAUACCCAGUGCGGGUGUAAUUCUGACAGUCGAGUCGCGAGAGAAAACAAAGGCAUAUCCUAUCGGGCCGUGGACGGAAUGUCAACUUUCGACUGUUUUCUUGAUUGAAGGGCUGUGGAAUAAGGGUAGUUACGAGUACUUGGUGUACUUAACCUGACCAAUUACUGAGUUAGGAGAAGCGGUGUGAUGGGCUAUUUGGUGGUGGAGACUAGUAUGACGUCUUUUCAUUGUAUUGAGAGAAGGCUUGGAGCAAACAUUUUUGCAGCUUGCAUUUUGAAUGUAUUCAUUUCGUUUUUAUUGUUGAGCAGUUGUCUGGCUCAGUGAGAGGCUGAGCAAAGCUUAGAUAGAUUUACCUAGUUGAAAACUAUGCCAAUCCAUGUUGAAGAUGCUGAAAUAGGUUGACGAUACAUGGACUCAAGAAUGCGACUGAAAUUAGCCAAAUCUCUGCUCAUUCUUGUACUGUUGGGCAACACCAUCAUAUGGUACAAGAUAUGGAAACUCUUUGCAGUCGACCAGUCACAGUCUUUGCUGGAGCCUGGCAUAACGGAGAUGCCACAGAAGCUUCAUCGGAGACUAGCACGCCUGGUUACAGUUGUCAUAAGGCAGUUCGAAAGCUUCGAAAACGAUAUCGCCACCACCGUCAAGUUUCUUUUGAACUCCUUUCCAGCUAUCACGAUAGUGAUUGUGUGCGAUGAAUUUUUAUAUCCGCCUCUAGAGUUAGACUUUACCAAUGAAAGUUUGAAGAAUGUUCAUCUUGUCAAUUUGCAACCAAGUUUUAAUCGAUCGUAUGAUGAGAGAAAUCCAUUGACCUAUGUUCACACCAAGUAUGUGGUCUUUCUACCUGAUGCAACAAGGCUGGUUACAAAACAAACCCUACAGGAAGCAGUUAAUCAAGCAGGGAAAGUAGGACUUGUUUCUGUGCCUGUAGGUAAAAAUACUUUAACAUGCCUUGGUGUCAGACUGAAGAUAAAGGAAUGGAGUGUGCGCUUUACAAAAAUAUCUGACACAGAGUGUGAUGCAGUUGUUGGAAAACAUGUUACAAUAAUGGAUGUUAAAUUGCUAAAGAAAUUAUCAGAUCCAUUCAUGAUGCCUUUUACGGAUGCCCUUUAUCUACAAACAACAGCACUUGGAAUUAAGGUCACCAUCCUGAAAAAUUCGCAUUUCAAUGAAGGAAAGCCUCUAUAUCGCAGUCAGCAAGCUCAGUGGAAGUUACAGCAAGUCCAUCGAAGCAGGGAACGCGUCAUGUACGAGAAGCUGGGAAUUAAAAAAGUCACUCGAGCCUCUAGCAAUGUAGAUUGGUACGGCUGCUCAAGAGAAACUACUCACUGCUUUGGAUCUGUAGUCAAUGGGAUACCGUCAUAUCUAUACCAGAAUCGCUAUACUCCACCCUGUUGUCUCGCUGGUUUGAGAAAAGUAGCUUAUCACGUAUUCGACAAAUUAGAAGAAGUCGGUAUCAGAUAUUGGCUGGAAGCUAAUUCAUUGUUAGGUGCUAUGCGUAACGGAGACAUACUACCGUGGGAUCACGAGGUAGUGGUUGGCAUCAAUCGCGACGAUUUGAAUAGGUCACCUUGGCUGGUCAAGGCAAGGAACAAAGCGGUGCUGGAUAAUAACGGAUACGUCUGGGAAAAGGCAACGGAAGGAGAGUUUUUCAAGGUCCAGUACUCCAAGAUCAACAGAUUGCACGUGAAUUUGUUGCCUUUUUACGCGAAGAACGGAACCAUGACGAGAGACUCGUGGUUCUUGAAGAACCGAGAUUUCCCGGAGCAAUUUUUACAUCCCAUGUCAAGCAUAGAUUUCGCUGGUAGACAAGUGCCAAGUCCAAAUAAUAUAAGAGACUUUCUAGAGAUUAAGUAUUACAAAGGUGUAAUAGAAAGUCCGGAAUUGCCAGGAAAAAUUUCUCACGAUUGAGAAAUGACUAGUCAUAUAGGUAGUUGUAAUGAAUGAACAUAGUUUUACAUUCUUGUUACUUUUUCGCCGUGAUAUAUGUCCUUGUUGAUGAUAACUAUUGAUAAGAUGGCGAGAAGCAUUAUUCUUCAGAAAAAAAGUAUCACUUUUUCUAAUUCGAAGAUUAGCACAAUUUUUAAGAAAAGAACUAGCAUUAAUCAUCGCAUGUUUUACACGAUUCAACACGUUCUAAGACUAUGCGAAGCCUUCAAGCAUUACUAUCCGAUCUCGUAAAAGCUGUUGUAGCUCGUAUCUUCAGUAAAUGCAUUUAUAUAUAGAUCAGCGUAACACACGUACCAAUAUUACCGUAGCAGGGUAUAAUCGUCAGAUCUCGUAGUCAGAAAUAUACUUAUAUUGGCAUAUUGCGAUUAUAUUUUUCGAAUAUUAUUAGUCUAGAGUUGUUUAUAUAGGACCCUCACUCAUUGGAAGAAGUGAACGAUGAAUUUUUGUAAAUCAAAAGUUUUGAUUAUCGGUACAAAUUUCUCCAUGCCAAAGAAAAUGAAAAAAAAAAAAACACGAGAAACACGUCCAGUGGUUUUUUGAGAAUUCAAGUAUUUUCUUAUUCUUUUGUAUAGUAAUCUUAGUGUAUCGAUAUGCGUGAUUCGAGCGCAAACUGUGAUGUGUUGAUUGCACAAGAUACGCUGUGUGGCAUUUUUAUCAAGCAGGUUUUGAUUAAAUUUAAGUGUAUUCGAUGAAUUGUAGUAAUUAUUUAUCGCUGGAGCUGUAGAAAAUUUAACGUACGUUUUUGCUUACCAAAUUUUACUAAAGCAAAUUAGGCAUAAAACUAUAGUGCCAAAUAUGCGUCAUCUUGCAAUUAGGAACGAAAGAUAAUUGACGAUAAUAAUCAAAACGUUGUUGUUCGUUUGAAAAAAUGUAUUUACCCGUGAUUCAACAUCAAUUGCCAGACUUUACAUCCUUCGGCGGUGUCAGUAUAGGCGGUUCUCUCACGAAGCUCAGUAAUUUAUCCAACUUCAUCGACUCCAAAUCCGUAUGCGAGAGAUUCACCUGCUUCUUCGUCGGCUUGACCUUUAUCCUCAGGUUCGGCGAGAGUUUCAUUGUGUUGAUUGUUCCCCUAGUUUAAUCACAAAAAUACGAAAAUCUGGAAUUGUUACACUUGUAAACUCGACACACUUAACUGUACGUCACGAAAAACGAUGUGAGAUAACGUUGAUGUAAGUUGUUACUGUAUUGAUUACCGCAACAAUAAAAAUGAAUUAAUGAAAAA